CGGAGCAGAUGGUGCUCUGCUUUGCUUUUGGCCGACGGUGACAGACAGUCGCUCUCAGCCAAUAGCCUGCUGGGGAAUCAGCUGACUAUAGUCUGGACAGCGCCAGGUGUUUUCUGCCUCUUUCUUUUCUUUUUUUUCCCCCCUUUUUUCCCCCCCUGCCUCCCUAUCUUGCAAUCAUUAUUCCUCGGCAUUCGCGGAGAAAGGAGCAGCAGCAGAAGCAGCUUCACCACCAGCAGCAGUGCGGAAGAAUAUCAUCGGAGUGACAAAGCGGUCUGUGUCGCGCGGCAGGUUGGGGAGGUCUGUCUCUGCAGACCGCAUCAUGCGUCUCUCUCUCCGAGGCGCUCUGGGGAUCUGACCGACUGAUGGGACGCGCCGUCAACAGCCAGAGCUCCGGAGGAGACAGGGAUGUCUGAUGAACCCGUUCACCUGCAGCUCUGUAGCGUUCCCCCUUUUUCUCUCUACUGAGGCGUUCACCUGGAUAAAGGGGCCGCGCGCUUGGUGAACGUGAAGACCUGGAAUGCCAACAAGAUAAUUCUCCAUCACCAAAAUCCCUGCCUGUAAUUUCUACCCCCGACUUUGACUCAAGAACCUCCCAUUUCCUGGGCUUAAAGGCUUAAUCAGUAGCAAGUCUGGUUCAUGACUGUUACAAACCUUCCUCCAAAGUCCACUGACCAGCCUCCUAUCCCUUCCCAGUAUGGCUAGAUGGAAGAUGGACAGCUGUGCUCAGGUUCUUGGUGGCUUGGUUCUGGUUUCUGUAGCACUCUCUCUUGUCCAAAGCAAUGACUGCCCUCAGCUAUGCGUGUGUGAAAUCAGACCCUGGUUCACCCCUCAGUCCACCUACAGAGAAGCUACAACAGUGGACUGCAAUGACCUUCGCCUAACACGGAUCCCGGGAAACCUGUCCAGUGAAACUCAGGUUCUCCUCUUACAGAGCAACUACAUCGCUAGGACCAGCGAGGAACUGGAGCAACUCUUCAACCUGACAGAACUGGACCUGUCUCAAAAUAACUUCAGUACAAUUCGAGAUGUUGGUCUCACCAACAUGUCCCAGCUCACCACGCUUCAUCUGGAGGAGAACCAGAUCAUGGAAAUGCCCGACUACUGUCUGCAGGACCUUAGCAACCUGCAGGAACUCUACAUCAACCACAAUCACAUCAGCACCAUUUCUGCCAAUGCCUUCUCUGGGCUUCAUAACCUACUCAGGCUUCACCUCAACUCCAACAAGCUCAAAACCAUCAGCAGCCAGUGGUUUGAUUCUACGCCAAAUCUGGAGAUUCUCAUGAUCGGAGAGAACCCCGUUGUUGGAAUUAUGGACUUUAACUUCAAGCCGCUGGGCAAUCUGAGGAGUCUGGUUUUAGCCGGGAUGUAUUUAAAAGAUAUUCCUGGAAACGCCUUUGUGGGACUUGACAAUCUCGAGAGCCUCUCUUUCUACGACAACAAGUUGGUUGGAGUGCCUCAGAGAGCCCUUCAGAAACUACCAAACCUGAAAUUCCUGGAUUUAAACAAAAACCCAGUACACAAAAUACAGGAGGGGGAUUUCAAGAACAUGCUCAGAUUGAAGGAAUUGGGGAUAAAUAACAUGGGAGAGUUGGUUUCUAUUGACCGUUACGCUUUGGACAACCUUCCUGAGCUCACUAAACUAGAGGCAACAAACAACCCCAAGUUCUCUUACAUUAAUCGGCAGGCCUUUCGGGAUGUCCCAGCUUUGGAGAGCCUAAUGCUAAACAACAACGCUCUGAAUGCCCUUUAUCAGUCCACUGUGGAUGCUCUGCCUAACUUGCGAGAGAUCAGCAUCCAUACCAACCCUCUGCGCUGUGACUGCGUCAUCCAGUGGAUGGGUUCCAACAAAACCACAGUGCGAUUUAUGGAGCCGCUGUCCAUGUUCUGCUUCAUGCCGCCAGAGGUCAGGGGGAUGCAUGUGCGUGAAGUGCUGCAGAAAAGGUUACUGAAUCAGUGUUUGCCCCUAAUCUCUCACGAUACCUUCCCCACCCACCUCAGUUUAGAAAUCGGAAUGACCUUGGAUUUGGACUGCAGGGCUAUUUCACAGCCUGAGCCUGAGAUCUAUUGGGUGACACCAGUGGGACACAAGGUUAUGACUGACACUUUGUCUGACAAGUACCGCCUUAGCAAAGAGGGGACGCUGAGAAUUUCCCACAUCCAAGUUGAAGACUCCGGCAGGUACACCUGCGUGGCUCAAAACUCUGAGGGAGUCGACACAAAAGUGACAGCGAUAAAGGUCAACGGCACUCUGCUGGACAACACGCAGCUCUUAAAGAUCUACGUCAAACAGACGGAAUCUCACUCCAUCCUCGUCUCCUGGAAAAUAAGCUCAAACGUCAUGGCCUCCAACCUCAAGUGGUCGUCCGCAACUAUGAAAAUCGACAAUCCUCACAUCACUUACACUGCCAGGGUGCCCGUGGACGUCCACGAGUACAACCUGACGCAUCUUCAGCCGGCGACCGAGUACGAAGUGUGCCUCACCGUAUCCAGCAUCCAGCAACAGCCGCAGAAGUCGUGCGUGAACGUCACGACGAAGCAAGCGACCUUCGCGGUGGAAAUAUCCGAUCAAGGGACCAACACGGCUCUGGCCGCAGUCAUGGGAACGAUGUUUGCGCUCAUCAGCCUGGCUUUACUGGGUGUUUACACUGCCAAGAGGUGGAAGAGAAAGAAUUAUCACCAUUCCCUGAAGAAGUACAUGCAGAAGACCUCAUCGAUACCGCUAAAUGAGCUGUACCCCCCUCUCAUCAACCUGUGGGAGGCGGACAGUGAAAAGGAGAAGGAGGGCACCGCGGAGACCAAACCCAGCCAGGUCGACACGACGCGCAGUUACUACAUGUGGUGAACGAAGGAUUCCAUCACAAACGUCAUUGUUUAAGUAGCACAAAUAUACACACUCGCUUCUUUGUCUUAAUAUAUAAUAUAUUUUUUUCCAUUGCUUAAUUAUUUCUCUCUUCAGGUUUUCUUGGGCUGGAUUGAACAAUAAGCCAAGAUUUUCACAUCUAAAAUCGCACGCUGUUUUUUGACCUCACGUGUUUUUGACACACAACGUGGCAGCUUCACUUAGCCUUCCGAACUUUGUAGUCACGGCGCUUUAUUUUUAGCACUCAUUUUUAUGAACCGGGCAUGAAGCAUCGUCAUGGAUACAGUGCGACAGAAAAGGCCAGGCUGAAUCCCAAACUGUUUUUUUUGUUUGUUUUUUUUUAGCAGUUUCUCUGGCCGAACCAGACUGCAGUUUUUCCUUUCUGUUGUAAGACAGUUUCACUAUUGACUGUUGUGCACUCAAAUAUAUAAAUAUAUAUAUACUAAUUUGUCUAUCAACUCAAAUGUAAACCGACAAAGUACAUUUAGACUUGAUAUACUGUCUACUGAAUAAUGUUAGAAAUUCUACUGUAAUGUUGUAUCAGCUUUGACUUGAUUUUACUUUUUGUACAUUCAGAUAAAAAAUAUGUUUGAUUUAGACUUUUAAGUUUGCAGGAUACUGUAAACCAGCAAUAGAAAUAUGAAUGUUAUAACCUAGCUAAGUAGAUGUAAGGCUUUUUAUAACUCUUACAAAUUUUGUUUCUUACAUUGCAAGAGUGUCUACAAUCACUGUUUUCUUUCAGGUUUACACACAUAAGCGUGUAAUGAGGAGCAACUCAAAUAAAAUCUUCUUUUAAUCACGUUUUCUAACCCAUGA